CUUUAAGGAGAUGGUGCUGUCAAUCAUUACAGAUGUCAUUACAUUUUCUGAUGAAGUGGUCAAGGAUGUUGACUAGCUAUCAGAACUUUUGAAAGAUCAAAAGACAGACAUCAAGGGAUUUUCGGAUUUCAUGCAAAAGCUUUCAACUGUCAAAGAGCAUGUGUCUAGAUUGAAGGAGAAAGUGGAGUACAUUAAAAAUCUUUAUGAAGUGAUCAGGAGCUGUUACAGGCAACUGACUCCUGAAGAGGAAAUUAUGGAAGAAAAGGUCUGGGCCACUUGGGAAAGUUUCUUGUUUGGUCUGCAGGAAGCAUCAGACUUUGUGGAGGUUCACAAACCUCAAGUCUCAGCAAAGUUGGUAGAAACAAUUAGUACACUGCAACGCACUGCUGAAGAAAUUGGCCAGUUAGCUACUACAGGGAAAUUUCUUGAUCCAAAUGAGAAGCCAUCUUCUGUUCUGCAGGACAUGAGAGAGCUGAAGGAGAAAUUUGUUGGAAUUCAGAACAAGCUAGCAGACCUGAGCAAGUGUCAAGCUGUUGUGCUUGGAAGGGAAUACGACUUGGGACACAUCACUGGUAUUCUCCAUGCUAUUGAGAAAAGGCAAGAACUGUGGAAGUAUUGUGAUUCAUCAUCCUAUACCAUUCGGGAGUGGAUGCAGACAGUAUUCAAGAAGAUGAAUGUUAAGAAGGCAAUGGAUAAACUCACAGAAUGGGCUCAUGCUGGAGAGAAACUUAAAAAUCAUAUUCCCGAGGAUGACGAAGUUCUGGUUUCUUGGCUGUCUCAGUUGGAAGAGUUUUCCCAAGACUUGCCUUUCCUACUUCAACUCUCUAGUGAUGCUCUUAAGUCUCGACACUGGAGAGCUUUGUUCAUAGGAAUGGGUCAAGAUUAUGAUCCUUCCUGGGAAUUUACAGUGGCAAACCUUUUCUCUUUCAAUCUUGGCCGCUACAAAGAGUUAAUAACAACAGUUUGUGCUGGGGCGGCAGCUGAAUAUGCACUGGAACUUCAGCUGUAUCACCUGGCUCAUGCGUGGGAGGAGAAACACUUCAAGCUCGCAAAGCAUAUUCCACUGAUGAGACCCCGACUUGGAGAUAAAGUGAGAAAGGCUAAAGGAGGAAGAAAGACUAUGCAACCUGGAGCUGAGAAGGCAAAUGUGAAGUUGAAACCCAAGACACCAGCCUCUGUACCAGAUAUGUAUAUCCUCAUUGGAAUCGGUGAACUGAAGUGCAUCAUUGAGGAUAAUCUCGUCACUUUGCACAUCAUGUUGACAUCUCCCCAUGUAGCAGAUUUGAAACCAAUGGUAGAAACUUGGGUCACAAACUUGCAGGAAAUUGAGAGCAUUACAGACAUUUGGGCAGACUGCCAGAAGAAGUGGCUCUACCUCAGUAAUGUUUUUGCGGAGCCAGAAUUAAGAAGGUCUUUGGAGGACAGCAGCCAAAAUUACCGCGAUGUUGAUGAAAAAUACAGAGAAUUUGUGCGAGUAAUCUCGAGGGAUCCCAAAGUCCUAUCGGUGUUGCCCUUAAAGAAACGGGGAGAGAAAGGCUGGAGAGAUCUGCAGGGAGACACCUUAAGGGAACUGCUGCUAGAGCUCACAAGAAAAGCGGAGGAAUUAAUAAAAAUGGUGGGUGAAUACACAGACAAAGCACGUGUCGUAUUCCCACGGCUCUACUUCCUCAGUGACAAUGACCUUUUGGGUCUGUUAGCCUGGUCCCGUGACCCAAAAGACCUGUUACCAUUUGUAAGGAAGUGUUUUCCUGGUAUAAAGAAACUUCAGUUUGCUUUGCCAAGAGAUAGUAGUUUGAGGCUGGCCAGCACCCUGGACACAGCAUUGAAUGCCCAUCUUUUGCAAGUCACUGCCAUGGAAGGUGUUUUGGAAGAAGUGGUUCCUCUUCUAUCAGUUAUUCCCGCUUCACCACGUCCACAAAGCUGGCUCGUCACACUAGAGGAGAGGAUGCGGAAUACGUUAGUGAAGAGUCUUGCUGAGUGUGUGGACAGAAGGCUCAGGGGAAGAGAGAGUCCCAGAAAGAUUUUGGACUUAAUAACUUCAUUCGGGGAACAAGUUUUUCGUCAAACUUCUAACUCUGUGAAUGAUUCCAAGCAGACCUCAAAAGAGGAGCAGAAUGAUGGCUCAGAAGCAGGUCAAAUUUUCUUGAAAUUUCCAAGUCAGUGUGUUGUAACAGCAGAGGCAGUUGUUUGGAACAUGAAAAUGACUGAGGUGUUACAAAAUAGAAAUCUACAGGGGCUGUCGAAUCUUAGAAAAUCUCUCGUCUCUUAUGUGGAUGACCUGGCACAGAUCAUCAGGAAGACCUUAGAAAAUGAAAGCAGCACCCCAGCUCAUGGUCGUCUUGAGUUGCUGUUAUUUGCUUUAGUCGGCCUGGUGAUAAAUCAGAGAGAUAUUGCCACGGAAUUCGUCAACAACGGGGUCUUGGAUGUCAAUAGCUUUGAAUGGAGUAGCCAGCUUCAACACCAUAUAGAGCAGAACAAGAUCAUUACAUCACGUUACCAGGGAGAAGACAGCGGAGAGAACCAGAUCUCAGCUAUCCCUUCUACCAUUCCCGUUGAGCAUUUUUAUGAGAUUGGCUUGUGCAGCUUACAUCAGCUUGGCACCAGCUUUGCGUAUGGGUAUGAGUACCUUGGACCCACACCGAGGCUUGUAGUCACACCACUGACGCAGAGAUGCUUUCUCACUCUGAACAUGGCUGUGAGGUCCCAUCAGUGUGGUGUUCCUGUAGGACCCGAUGGUAUUGGGAAAACUGAGACCAUCAAAGACUUGGCUAAGACUCUUGGAAGGCAUUUGGUCACGUUUAACUGCUCAGAACAGCCGACUACCUCUAUGUUGGUCCGUUAUCUAUUUGGCAUGAUCCGAUCAGGCAGCUGGGCCUGUUUUGAAAAUAUAGAUUGUGUCGAGCCUGGCAUUUUGUCCAUCCUCGGUGAGCAUCUCGCGAGCAUCAGAACAUCCAUGAAGUCCUUGGAGAAGUUCGUUGUUUCUCAGUACACUGCUAGAGGAAUCUCUAAGACAGACAACCCAGAAAGCGAGACGGGCAAAAGAAGAAAUAGUGUUACUACUCUAGACUCGCUCCCACAAGAAGCCUUUUCACCAAGUUAUAGACCGGAGUCUAAAUCGGGAAGCCACGUAGCGAAACGAAAGAGGUACUUGUCAAUCACAAGGAUGUAUGAUCUCGAAGGAGGAGAGUACUAUGAGAAUGAAACGCAACAAACAUAUUCCCCUAUGGAGCAACAACCUAAAUUUCCUCAGACGUUUCAUGACAAAGUGGCUAAAGUGUACAAAAAACAAACCAGCUUCAGAGAGUUUGAAAUGCCUCUGCUCGGAAACAUUGUGUUCGUAGGGAAGCUCAUGGCAGCCAGUGCAAUGUAUGGUUGUUUCAUGACCAUGUCUGGUAAAAACUGUUUCAGUGCUGAUCUGCCGGAAAACUUCAGGGCUCAACUCAGGCCCGUAUCCAUGGUCUUUCCGGAGUAACUUCCUGUGGUGGAAGUAUGGUUGGUGUGCUGUGGUUUUACUGAAGCCAAGUCUCUCACAAUGAAGAUCAACACAUUCUAUAAAUUAAUUAAUGAACAGGUGUCUUCCCAACCUCAGUACUCAUUUGGAUUGCGAAGUAUGAAAAUGGUGACCACCUUAGCUGCAACAGAGCUUCAGAAAGAAAUCGCUAGUAAGAGAAGAUCCACGAUAAGUUCCCUUGCAGAGGCGUCGCAGAGUGAAGCGGAGAGGAAGACCAGAAGUCCUUUUCUUGAGACCUUGGAAAGACGCCAGGCAGAGGAAAAUGCUGUGGUGCAGGCAAUGUUUUUGUACUUUGGAAAAAAGUUGUUGGGGAAGGAUAAAGAUCUUUUUUCGCGUGGAGUUGACGAGGUCUUUGCCCACAGUGUCUUGAUGUCGGUAUCUACUGAAGGUGAUUCAAAGUUAGUUGAAGAAUUAAAAGACCGUCUUCAAACAAACGGAAUGCAAAUCAGGCAAGAGCUGGUAUCAAAGAUUAUUCAGCUUCAUACUACUCUUCAGACAAGCCGCAAUGUGAUCCUUCUGGGGUGCCCAGGCUCCGGUAAAUCGACGAUAUACACCACCUUGGCAAGCGCUCUGAACAGUAUGAAUAGUCAAUCAACUCAGCCUGUCGUGAAACACCGCAGACAAGCAGGUACGGAGAGAAGGAUGAGCACUUCUUUCAGACCUGCUGCAAAGAUGCCAGUUGAGGAAAUCAAAGAUGUCCAGAGGCCAAGAGUUGAUCUCUCCGUCGUUUUCCCAAAAUCACUGACCUGCGAAGAGUUGUUUGGAAGACAGCACCCAGAGACUGGUCUGUGGAUGGACGGUCUGGUGUCUAAAUGGCUCAGAGACGCAACUCUUACAUGCGAUACCAUGGCCGACCUUCUCUCGAGCCAGUCCUCUGAAAAACAACGCAUCGCGCGGAUGAUGGGUUCCCUGUCUCACGUUAAGAAAUGGCUGGUGCUUGACGGACCUAUGGAUGACACUUGGCUGGAGAGCAUGGGGACCCUGUUGGAUUCCACAAGGGCACUCAGUUUGCCGAAUGGAGAGUCCAUUGCUCAGCCAGAAACUGUGACUAUUCUUUUUGAGGUGACAGAAAUCAACCAUGUAUCCCCAGCAUUGGUGACGCGCUGUGGUCUGCUUUACUGUCCUCAAUCACUUGUGGGAUGGAAACCAAUUUUUAGGUCUUGGCUGAGAGGGGCGCAUGCAAGAUGGGAUAUUACAAAUAGAGGAUUGGGAAUCAUCUCGUGUUUGAUGGAUCACGUGGUGGAUUCCACCCUAGACUUCCUCAGUCAGCACUGUGAACCAAUACUGACUUCUGGGUACAGUUCCAUAAACAAGCCCUCCAAGACAGCCGCAGGAGUGCAUGAAGUACAGUCACUGUUACGUUACCUCUCUGCCAUUUACGAUAGGCAUAUUCUAAGGGAAGAUGAAGAUAGUCAAAUCCAGAUCAUCAAACAGAGGAACCGACAGACCUCCGGGAGUUCUGGCAGCAGCGGACACAGCUCAGGAAUUUCCGCUAGUGACACUGGAAGGGUCGUUAGUUCCUUUGCUUUCGCCUUCAUUUGGGCCUUUGGUGGUCAUCUGCAUAAAAGAUAUGUUGAGAAAUUUGAUGAGCAUGCUCGACAACUGUUGUCCGCUGGCCCUUAUCCAUUCCUCAUACCUCCUGAUGGAUUAGUGUACGACUACUGCUUGGACUUCAGUAAAGGUGGCUUAGUAAAGUGGGAAGGAAGGCCAGGAUCACAAUUAAAGACAUUGCCCUCAUCUUACACCGUCAUCACCGAGUUGGAUCGCUACUUUUACCUCAUUGAUCUAAUGUUAUCUGCACAUCAGCCAGUGCUGCUUGUUGGUCCAUCAGGAAUUGGAAAGUCUUCACUUGUGCAGAACUUGAUCAACCCACGCUACAACUCGACACGAAUCUGUCUAUCCGCUGGCCUGACCUCGAAACUGUUCCAAGAGGCGAUCGAACAUAGCCUACAGCAGAUUAAACGGAAGGAGAUGAGCCAGUUAGCUUUUACAAAGGCAAUACCAGGAGCUGCUCCUCCAAAGAAUCCACCCGUUACAAAGUCCCGCACUCAGUUUAUGUUUCUUGAUGAUCUCAACUAUGCAGCCUCUGAUACUUUUGGAAUUCAGCCUCCACUUGAGCUUCUCAGACAAAUCCUCUCACAAGGAACAUUGUACAACAAACAGAGACAUUACAUGUACAGGGUGCAACACCUCCAGUUCAUGGCUGCCUGUGUACCACCCGGUGAAGGUACGUCUUGUGGAGGGGUGGCUUCGUAUGCCAUUAGCCAUCGCCUGUCUAGACUUAUGACGGUCUUGUCAUUCUUUCCCCUGUCUUCUGAGUCUUUGGAGACUAUUUACUCGUCAGUAUUUCAAGCCUGGUUGGGAGAGUUUCCAGCGUAUUCGCUAAGCCAUCAUGAGCAUUUGGCCAAGGCGCUGUCCUCGGCGUCCAUCAAGAUGUACAACAUCAUUCGAAGGGAACUUCGUCCCACCCCGCUUCAUCCUCAUUUCCUAUUUACCCAGCACGAGUUGUUCAGGGUAGCGCAAGGUAUGUCCCUUCUCUCAUCCAAGAGCCGUGGACGGCCAAGACCUCGAGUGAGGAGGCGAGCUGACACAGAAAAAGACUCAGAGGGGGAAGCGAAGGUUGAAGCCAUCGGCGCUGUGAAGAGUGAGUCUAGUAUACUUGGAAAGGAGAGGUCACAACGAAGAGGGAAUGUUGGUAAAGGACGAAGUUGGCCUUCUCUCACAAACGGCCCGAUAGAGUCUGGACUGUCCGCUAAGACACCCGCUGCUUUGUCACCAAUGAUUCGUUCUCUUCUUCGCUUGUGGUGCCACGAAAGUACUCGAACCUAUAGUGAUCGCCUUCUGACCGAGGAACAGCGCUACUGGUUCUCGUCUUUGUUGCAUGAGACCGUUGAGGAAUUUUUCUGUAAGACUACCUCGGAGCUGGGCUCAGAAGUGUUCUCUGUCGAGCAAUCGCUGAUGCAGAAGAACUCUCAAGACGCUUUGCCCGGUAGAGAUGCUUCCCCACCUACGGCUAAUGACGAGCAAAUCCAAACCACUGGAAAGUCUGAGGGACCAUUACAAUUGGAUGACUCUUCGACACUACCAGGUGGUGAACCACAAGACUUAAGCGAUGAAGGCGCUGGAGAGGAAGAAGAUAUUGAUGCCAUUCCCAAUCAAGAAACUCCUGACCCAAGGGAGGAUAUCGAUGCAUAUACCACAGAAAAGAAUGUCGCGAAUGAUGACAUUUUUCCUAAAGAACCAAAUGGCAAUGAUGAAAUCUUAGGUGAAGAAGAAGUUCCCGAGGACGAAACGCUGAGCAGAGAGCAGAGUUUGAUAGCAAACACUGUGGUCCUUCAGCCUGCAAAAGCCAAGGUCACGUUUAACGACACCAGCGGUUUGAGCUACGACAAGAAGUACGAUGGUCCUUUGAUUUCGUCGGAGCAGCUGGCUUUCUCUGGAGAAGAUUUGACAGACAUCGUGUUCUGCAAGCAUUUCAAUGUCUCUGUGACCGGACGAGAGAGUAGCGCCAGUGAAGUCGCAAGUAAGAACUACUUGGAGUGUGCCGAGAGCAUUUUGGAACAAGGGAUCAAGAGAUGUCUAACGUCAUACAAUGACCAAGUGGCUGAGUCGUCCAGUGCCAAAAUCAUGAGCUUGGUGACAUUUCGCGAGGCAAUUCAUCAUGCGGUGCGUUUGAGUCGAGCAUUGGCCACACCAGGAGGUCAUGCGCUGUUGCUAUCGGAUCUUGGUUACGGACGAAGGACCCUAACAAGACUCACUGCACAUGCAGCUUGCUGCAAGCUGUUUGAGCUGCAGCGAAGCCAGUUUCAGAGCCAGGAGGACUUCAGACAACAGAUCAAAGUGGCAUCAUUUAUUGCUGGACUUCAAGGGAAACCUGUAGCGCUGUUUGUACCAGAAGGUGUUGAUGAUGAAUCCAUGCAGGACAUCUGUUCACUAAUGGCAGAAGGUACAUGUCCUGGUCUUUAUACACACAAUGAGCUGUCUAUGAUCUCCAACCAGCUUCUUCCCGGAGGAAAAAGAGGAGCACGCAGAGUGGAGAACCAAGAUAUUGCUCAAGAGCGGUACUUUCGCCGAGUCAAAUCACAUAUCCAUGUUUUCGUCUGUUUGAAGUACAAAAAGCUCGAGCUGUCCAAUUCCCUAGAAAAGAAUCAGUUGUAUAAGUUUCCAACCUUGGUAACAAGAAGCUGUUGUGUUGAUGUCUACAGGGCUUGGCCACACGAAGCGCUAGUUAGUGUGGCAGAGAAGCUGCUUGAUGAAGAUGAAAGUGUACUUAGUCUUGUACCAUUAAAACGACGUGAGCGAGACUUGCAAUCCGUGGCCAUAUGUUCAAUUAUGGCUCACGUGCAUCUUUCUUCUAGAAACAUGGUGGAAAGGAUCUACGGGGUUAAGGCGUUGAAAUUUUACUCGCCAGAUACGUAUUUGGAUUUUAUUGACCUGUUUCGGAAGAUCUGCAGAAGGUUAUGCGCGAAAGAAAAGGAAGAGGUGGCUCACCUAGACAAGGCGAUUAAAAGGAUGGACGAAGCUACUCACAGCUUAAACAAGAUGCAGCGAGAAUUGGAUAACCUAGCACCAGUGUACGAAGCGUCCAAGACGGACAUACAGUUGAGGCAAGAGACCGUGGAAGCGUGCCAGAAUGAGUUCACUGCUGCUAAGGAGAGGUGUAAGAAGCAAGAAAAGGACAUCGAGGAAAUGCAGAUACCCAUUGAAAUCCUAAGGAAGGAGGCACAAGUGGAAUUUGAAAAGGUCAACCCCUUAUUUGAUGCGGCGUGGAAGGCUAUCGACUCAUUAAAUAUUCACGACCUGGAGGAAAUCAGAAGUUACCGUACGCCACCUGCGCUGGUUACUCUUGUUGUGAAUGCAAUUUGUCUCAUGUUCGAAAAGGAACAGACAUGGGAGGAAGGAAAGCUUCUACUCAACCGAAACAACUUCUUUAAAGACUUGGAAUUUUACAACAUGACCGAUAUGCAAGAUUCGAUUUUCGACGGACUCAAAACUUUUUAUUACAACCCGUUAUUCCAAGCAGAUGUCGUCCAAGAUGGUAGUAUGGCCGCAAAGUCUUUGUGCAUGUGGGUGCGAGCUGUUUAUGAUUUCUGUUUAGCACACAGAGGUCUGAAACCCAAACGGCGGCAGUUGGAGAAAGCAGAGCAGGAACUCGAAGAGGCAAAGUCCAUUCUGGGAGAGAUGAGAGUGAGAUGCAACGCCAUCAAACAAGAGCUUGAGUCGAACAUUCAGCGGUACAAAGAGAGCGUAAAGCAUUCAAGAACAGUUGAAAAACAGAUUCAAAACAUUGAAACAAUAAAAUCCAAAGGAGUUGCGCUCGUCGACAGCCUAUCCUCCUACUCAAAUCUCUGGCACAGUGGUCGAUCACUCGCCAAACAGCAUUUGACCUCCGCACCUGGAGAUUCCCUAGUUGCGGCUGCUGCAGUAUGUUACUUGGGUCCACUAAUCCCUGAAGCACGCGACGAAUUGUUUGCUGAUUGGCUGAGGGUGUGUGACGGGGUGUUCCGAGCGCCUCCUCAGGGCUUUCGUACGUUAUCGUCCAUGGUACUGGACGAUUUCCGAAAGGAAUGCAAACAUCUUGAAGAACCUGAUACACGGAAGGACUCCCGUCCUGCCACGCAAUCCACUCUGGUGUCAACCAUAGCUACGAACAUUGUUCCUGUCAGAGAGGGCGUGUCACUGAAGACAGUAUUGUCGGCUCCCAACGAAUUAGAGGACUGGAGGAGAAAUGACCUACCCAUGACUGAACAGGCGGUAAACAACGCUUUGAUACUGAGAAGCUGUGGAGACGAUAGGACACGCGCAUGGCCACUUUUGAUUGAUCCUCAUAACCAGGCUGAGUUAUGGAUAAGAGCGUUGCAUCAAGGUGAAGCGGUGGAUCGCGCCGCCAGCAGUCGUCCAGACACCAGACAGUCAGACCGGUCCUCUCGCCCGUCCGGAGGCUCAUCCGUUGACAUGGAAGCCUCCCAGACUCUGGAUGAUGCUCAUCUUGAACAGGCACCUGCGGAAGAAUUUGAAUCAGAUCCGCAGCUCUUUGAUAAUGAAGUUGACCAGUUUCUACAGUCCUUGAGAGAAAAUGACGAUCAAGAAUCCAGUUUUCCAGAGGGGGAGACACAGGCCACUUCCAGGAGGGAGCGUACAGCGGGCAGUGCUUUGACGGGCUUGAGUGACAAGAUGUUGAAAGACAAGCUGGCUGAAGCAAUGGGAAUACAGAUCGACAGUACUCCUCUGCCGAUAUCACUUGGUCCCUCUCCAGUGUUAAAUCUGAGUGAAGGACAAAUCCUAGUCGUUUCAGCUGAUGAUCCUUUAUUAGUCGAAAAACUGCGAGCCGCUGUUAAGAAAGGACUAGUGACACUGGUCACCCACAUCGAAAGGCGACGCUGGAACAAAACGCUGGAGCUGCUCCUUACCCGUCAAACCUUCACCAGUACUGACGGUAACCUUCAAGUGAUUAUUGGCAAGACUGCCGUGGACUAUAAGCCUUCCUUCCGGCUCUAUCUCAGUUCUUCCUUGCCCUUGUUCAUACCCGGUAAAGGGCAAUGUCCGCUUCCACUUUCCAAGGCGUGUACCAUCAACAUGAGUGUGAGCCGGGAGGGAAUCUGUGAAACGCUGUUAGGGGACACGUUACGGCUUGAAAGACCAGAGUUGGACGGACAGCUGAGGUCGAUCGAUAGGGAUGUUGGUCUUCACAAGCAACAGAUCAAUAAUGCCAAGGAGGUCAUCCUUGAUAAGGUUGUGAGCCUCAGUGGUCCUCUGCUAAAAGACUCUGCUAUGUUGGAUGCGGUGACACAGAAUAAAGAUAUGAUAUCCACGGCAGAAGAAAGAUGCGGCGAGGCUGAGUUGAUGAAAACAGAGCUACUAGCGAAACAAAACGAUUUUCUUCCUGUGGCUCAACAUGGAGCAUUGUUGUUCUCGGUUGUUAGUGAGUUGUGUGAACUCCAUCCCUAUUAUCGCUUUCCACUGGAGUCAUUUAUUCAGCUCUUCCGCGACACUAUAGCUGAGAGAAACCGCGGGAAGAAAAGUAGUGGUUCACCGGGUGCCAGAGCAGCAGAACUCAUCACUGCUCUGUCCAGGAAAAUAUUUGAUCGUAUCUCCUGGAGUCUCUUUCAAAGUGACAAUCACGUGUUUGCGUUCUUACUGGCGGCAGAGAAACUGAUGAACAGUGGUUCUGUGUCACGUGACGAAUGGCAGUUGCUUACCAAGGUAUUGGGGAGGUCCGAAUUCGAUCAUUCUGACGAAAGCGAAGUGCCAAAGCCGCCUUGGGUCACACAGAAGGUUUGGGAAUCUGUGAGUGACCUUGAGCGACUUCCUGAUUUCAAUGGAUUGAAGCGGUCCGUUGCAGAACAGUCACAUCAGUGGCAGGAGUAUUUCAAUUUGCCUCCUGUACUUCUCAGUGCCACUCCUGGUGAUUACGCUCAUCUGACCAUCUUUCAGAAAGCCCUGCUAUGGAAAACCUUCAAACUAGAUCAGUUAUUCCAUGUUUGCCAAGAGAUCGUUCUUUAUCAAAUGGGAGCCAAUAUGAUACGACCCGUAGGGUACGACCUGGAUCAAGUAUACCACGUCACUGGUCGAUCUCGACCAGCAGUCUUCCUGCUGCCUUCUCAGAACAUUCUAGAGCAAGGAGAGGCAAAUGUGUUAAAAGACCCGGUAACUGAUGUAAUAAACCUUGCCCGUGCACGAGGGAAAGACACGCCCCUUUUAAAAGUUACCCUCGGCGAACGAGACAGCAUGGAGAAGACCCUGACGGCUGUGAGGCGUGGUAUCAACACUGGAUGCUGGGUUAUUCUUGAAAACUGUCAUCUGGCGACCUGCUGGUCUGACGAACUUAUGCACGAAAUUGAGACAAUUGUUAAUUCACCGGUGAUGGACACCGAGCGCGACUCAGAGAGGCAUGAUAUGGAAAGUAACUGUGAUGAUAGGACGAAAAACGGUUUGACCGAAGAUGUUGUUGUUCACCCCGAAUUCCGGUUGUGGCUGACCACUCGUACGGAUAUCGGUUGUCCGCUGCCUGCUGUCAUUAUUCACCGAGGACUCAAGUUGGCGUGUGAGGCGCAGGAAAAUUUUAGAGACGCAGUCAGGACAAACUGUCAAGUGGCAACAGGAUCGCUGAAUAAAUGCGUGCCUCUUUGGGGCGAAGCAGCGAAGGAAUCAGUUUCUAAGAGUGAUGUUCCUCCCAGUGCGAUUUUUACCUUGGCAUAUCUUCAUACUGCACUUCUCCAAAGGAGAAAAUUUGGCCAUUGUUCCUUUAGCUGUCCAUAUAAGUGGUCUCAGACAGAUUUGUUGGCAGGAUUAGAAGCUUUACGUUAUCUGUCACAAGUUAGUCAUGGUUUGUUGCCGCCUGCAGCUGUGGAAGUCAUGUUGGGGGAUACUGCUUACGGUGGUCACGUGACUAAUGGCCUUGAUUUGAAUGCUGUGAGGUCCCUGACGAACUCUGUUACUACUGAAAAUUUGGAAAUGAAUGCUUUCGAAGAGACAUCAACAUGUGAACAAGUUGAUACAUACGUGGACGAUUUACCUGAAGCUUUAUCGUGUCAGCAACUUGGUCUUACUAGCGUUUGCUACUCAGCUUACCAGUUGAAACUUAGCAGUGUUGUCGCGGAUCGUCUGGCACUCUGCACAAGACACCAACCUACCACCCUUUCGAUUGAAAACCAAGUUAAGUCAGUUGCUGAGGAAACGUUGAAUAAAAUCACCAACAUUUUAGACUUCAUCAAGUCCCACAGCUUGGCGAUUGAAGAAACCACAGCUAUUGGGUCAUUUAUUCAACGAGAACUCCUCUACUUCCAAAAUCUGCACGAAAGCGCUUCAAGAGAGAUUGGACUCCUUAUAAACGCGUGCAGUGGACAUGUCGCCUUUACUCCUGAUCUGUUUAACGUAGCGUUGUCGUUAGGACGCCAUGCUGCUCCGUCAGGAUGGCUGCUUGGCAGAGCCCGAGAUAUCAGUCUAGCUAGGUGGUUAGAAGCCUUGGAGUCCCAAGUGAAAGCUCUGUGCUCAUACUUGCUGCCUUCGUCUCUUCAGCCCUGUUCAUAUUGCCUUGGUGCGUUUGCUCAUCCUCAGGCGUUUUUGGCAUGCGUACUAAUGGAUCACGCUCGCUCUGCAAUCAAAUCUGUGUACGUGCUGGAGUUUUCGGUUGAGAUAUUGGAUCCAAAUUUCUCACCCACUUCUCCGCCAGAUCGCGGUGUUUUUUUGAAAGACUUGAAAUUGAAUGGAGCAUCAUGGGACGGUGGUAGAGGAUGCAUCAUUGAAGCCCCCAAGUUACAUGACGUUUGCGAUCUGCCAAUCGUUUGGCUAAAGCCUUUAGAGGUUAUAAGAUCGCGGGCACCAUCAGCAAAAGUCGAAAAACAGCAAAGUGAUUUGCCGGUUUACAAUUGCCCUCUAUUUGUGGAGGAAAGCUGGGGCGAAGUUGCUUCAGCUCUUGUCACCAGUCUUCCGUUGCCGACUGCCGUACCGGAGGUAUUGUUAAAACAGCGAAGAGUUGCGAUUAUAUCGCAUAUUUUUUAAGGACGUUGGUGUCUAUAUCGUCCAUGUAUCCAUAAUUUAUUUGAAAUGUAGACCACUGAACUAGUAGCAUUAAGUGUUAAACGAGAUCUUUGAAAUCAACUAUUUAUUGGGUUCCCUUUUUAAAAAAACAAGAUGGUUAUAAAAACGUGUUCCAUAAGCUGCCUGGAAAGAAUCAGAAUUUUAAACUUAAGUGGUCAAGUCUAUUUGUUGAGUUAGUUAUUUCAGUUCCUUUUCUCAAGUAACUAAGAAUAGAAUCUGAAAAUUUAUGAGAAAAGUCAACGGUGUGACUAUAUGUGCAAUCAAUAAUUAAGUUUGUCACAUAUCGAAUACAUAAAGAAACUUUUAAAGUGAAGAAAGCUGUAUCUUGUCUGCAGCCCAAAUAAAACGUGUUAUUUUUUCA